AUGACAAAGGAACAUUGCUUAGGAUGCUUCUGUUCACGUUUUCGUCGCACUUCGAAACAGGUCGCAACUGCGUCAGCUCAUCGAAUAUCACAUGGCAAAGCAACAUGCUUCAUCAAACUUCUGUUCACUUCAUUUGCACACUUUGACGCUGAAAGUCCGGCUGCAUCAGCUCAUUUAGCAACACAUGGCAGCAGAGUAUUCCGUACAAUACUUAAUUUCACCUCUUUUGCUCACUUCGAAGGAAACGAUGCGACUGCGUUAGCUAAUCGAGCAUCACAUGGUAAAGCAACAUUCAUCAUCAUACUUCUAUUCAGCUCUUUUGCUCACUUCAAAGUGGAGGUUGCAACUGCGUCAGCUCAUCGAAGAGCACAUGACAAAGAGUCUUCCUUACAACAGUCGAUUUAA